UCUCUGACUAGACAAAAAUAAAAUGGUUGAGGCCCCUUCUGCACUUUUUUGUUAUUCUAUAAAUGGUGUAGUUGAGAAAAAGAAAACGAGAUAAAAAACGAAAAAAGAAAGUCCCAGAAGAUUCGCUUGAGUUCCUUAUAUGUUCAGUAACGCCGCUUGGUUUUCUGUUCGCCGGUAGUUAAAACGUCCGAUUCUUUUGAUCUCGAUCGACAAAUCCGGCACUUUUGUUGCCUGUGUGUGUUGCUAUAUUUAUCGAUUGAACUUGCGCACGCAAAGUUUCUUGCGGGAAUUUGUGUACUUCGUUUGUGGAAGGCAGAGCGAAAAUUUUGGAAUUUGUUCAGGAAUUGGAGAAGAGAUUGUAUUGUAGAAAUUGGAGAUUGCUUUGAAUUAAUUCAGUAACUGGCACGACAUGAUGCUUGCAACCAACACGUCACAGGAUUUCUUUUGUUUCGUUUGAGUUUUCUGCUUUGAUAAAUGAGUUUUGGAGCUGUGAUUUGUUUCCUCACCUUGAUUGCAUUUGUUUUGCAGGGGAACGGUACCGAUCAUGGACUCGAGCUUUUUCCAGGGGGGUGAGGGUGAGUUCAACAUUAAGGAAGAAAUUCAAGCGAUGGAGGCCAGGAGUCCUCCUCAGCCAAUUGAGGGUUUGCAGAGUACAAGGCCGCCCCCGUUUCUAACCAAGACGUAUGACAUGGUGGAAGAUCCUCAGACGAAUGCUGUGGUGUCCUGGAGCUCUGCAAAUAAUAGCUUUGUAGUUUGGAAUUCGCAUCAAUUUUCCAUGGAUUUGCUUCCGAAGUACUUUAAGCACAACAACUUCUCUAGCUUUGUUCGGCAACUCAAUACGUAUGGGUUUAGGAAAGUGGAUCCGGAUAGAUGGGAAUUUGCAAACGAAGGGUUUCUGAGAGGGCAGAAGCACUUGCUGAAGCACAUUCAGAGGCGCAGGCCUCCAUCUCAGGGACAGCAGCAGCAGCAGCAGGGCCUGGGAGCUUGCGUUGAAGUGGGGCAGUUUGGAAUGGAAGGAGAAAUUGAACGGCUGAGAAGAGAUAAGAGUGUUUUAAUGAUGGAAGUUGUCAGGCUGAGACACCAGCAACAGGCCACCAGAAACCAGAUGCAGGUCAUGGGCCAGCGCAUCCAGGCCACUGAGCACCGCCAGCAGCAAAUGAUGACGUUUCUUGCCAGGGCCAUGCGAAACCCCACUUUUCUUUCCCAGCUCGCACAGAAAAACCAGGUCACGAAACAACUCGAUGGUGCCAAGAAAAGGCGGAGGCUGCCCCAGGGAGAGGAAGACGGAGGCGAAGCAGAAGAAUGCCAGUCGCCGUCCCAGUCAUCAUCUUCGCAAGUCCAGAUUGUGAAGUACCAAUCCAAUUACUCCACCUCUGCCCCUUCUGACCCCUCCACGACGAGUCCUAUGGAGGCUUUCUUCUCUAAUCUGGCUCAACCGGAGGAUCCUCCAAACCCUGCAAAUGAUUUACUCCACCAGAACGGUUCCACACAAGAAGGGUUAUUAUCUCCUACUAAAUUUGACGCCUUGCAGGGAUUCGAACCCGAGGCAGUCUUCGAUGCUUCGGGUGCCCUGGGUAUGGGCACUGGUGACGCCUGCACCUCCGCAGGCAAUGCAAACGAAGAUCCUUCUGCUACCGCAGAUUUGGAUUUCAAAACCGUUGAUGUGUUUUGGGAAGAAUUGUUGGGUGAAGAGUUCGAUUCUCAGGAGGAUUCCGAGAUUGAAGUGGAACCCAAUUUCCCCCCAUCCUGAUCGAACCGGCAAAGGCAAACUCUGGCUCGAAAGUUUCCUUACCGGUCCCCCAAUUUUUUCCUACCUUUUUACAGGAGCUCCUCAAAAACCAAGUUGUUAUACCGUUAGUCUAAUUCUUUGUCUACAUUAACGUAAUCGAAUAUUUCCAUUAACUGUUCAUGUAAGAUAUAUUUCUCGUUCGAUUCAAGCAGAGGCCCAACUGACGCAGCAGAAGCAAAAGCAGAAGCAGCAUCCCCUCUGGUCGAAUGAUGAAGUAUGUUUUUUUAAAUUUUUUUUAUUUGUUUUGGUUUUGGGGAUGAAUGUGGAGGUCUCGAAGGUUAUUUUUUAUUCAGAUAGAAAUGUGUAAGGCGUUUUGUUCAAUAUAAUGAUAAAAGUUUAGAUCUA